AUGGCUGUCCGCUGGAGUCGUGGGCGCCGAGUCGCCGCCUCGCCUCCGGCAGAGUACUGCUUCAUCGACUGUGCCGUCGAGUGGCACGCCGCCCUUGCCAUGGCCGCCUCGCUCUACGCAAAGCCGGACGGAUCGGCCUUUGAUGCCAAGGUCUACCGCAUGGAGCUGGUGGAGAUGCCGACCCCGCGCCGCAAGGGCAAGGGCCGCCAGUCGGCUCACCCGCCUGCUCCAUCCAAGCCUGUCGUCCUUGCCACCGCAGAACUCGAUCUGGCAGAAUACGCCUCGGUGGUCCUCACUGAGCCUCAUACCUCUCCGCAGCCCGUCCGCCGCUCGCUGACUCUCAAGCCCAAGUCCGCCAACAUCGCGUCGGCCGUUCUCGAGUUUACCGUCGCCGCCGCACGCGCCUCGUCGCCGCCCGAGUCGGCCGAUACCAACGUCGAGGACAGGGAGGUGGUGGCGGCGCAGGCGUCGCUGCCAACGCCAAUGCCGACGCCGGCUGUUGAUGCCGCACUUGCUGCUCAGGCCGACGCUGACGAGACGAGCAGUGCCGAUGCGGGCAGCUGUGGGUCUUCAUCGGCGUCGUCGUCGUCGUCAUCAUCGUAUGAGGAGUCGUACGAGAGCUCUUCAAGCUCGGGUCUGGCUCCCUCCCCGCCACCAGUGCCGUCGACGGUGUCGCUGAUUGACGUACAGGCUGACCGGCGCGCCAAAUAUCCGACGCUCGCGCGCAACGCGCUGGACGAGGUCGAGCUGGCGUCCAUGGCGCCCGAGACGGGCAACUCAGGACUGGCAGUUGGCCUGGCCGCAGAGCUGGCCACGCCGUCGCGGUCACAAGCCUCGGUCCUCGAGUCGGUGCUCAAGGUCCAGCUCGGCGAGUCGUGGACGGCACGACGAGAGCUAGAGAGCGAGGUCGAGGCGCUGACGGCCGAGCUCACCGAAAAGAACGCUGCCCUUACCCAGCUGCGGGCGCAGCUGAUGCGGGUACAGCGUCAGGUGCGGAGCGCCAAGGCGCUUCAGGCUGUAGAGGCCGAGCACGAGGCCGAGGCUCUGGCACCGAUGCGGAGCGCGCUCGACGGUGCCAACACGCGGGUGGCAAAGCUGACGACCGAGCUGAGCUCGGCACGCGCCCGCAUUGCAGUGCUGGAAAGCAAGCGCGAAGGCGGGCCGAGCGGGCCGGGCGGCAAGGAUCGCUCCAGCCGUAGGCUCCGAGCCAAACUCCGCGAGCGGAUGCUUGAGACUGCCCGACUCGAGGCCGAGGUGGGCGUCCGCGAUGAGCGGAUCGCGCAGCUCGAGGCUGCACUGCAGAGCCGAGCAGCAGAGCCUGUCCCAACGCCCGCGCCCGCCGCAGCGCUCGCCGUGGCGCCUAUUCCCGAAACUGACGAGCUGGCGCGGCUGCGGGCAGAGAAUGAGGCCCUACGCAAGGUUGUCCCCAUGUACACGCCGUCUGUAGGGAGCGUGGAUUUGCCACGCGAGAUGGUCGACGGAGAGACAGAGGCCGAAGUGAGACUGCAUGCACUCGAGACGCUGCUGCAGGCGUCGGUCGACGAGCAGGCGGCGGCGGUGGCCGAGGCCAACGAGGUCCGUGCCAACUGGGUUGCACUCAAGAUUCAGUGCGCAGAAGCCGACUGCGGGCGGCGCUAA